GGCACCGGCUGUGUCAACGCGCCGCGCAUCUGCCGUGGAGCAAGUGCGCAGCGCGAUCCCUCCCUAACCCGUGCCGCGGGCGGCUCCCCGGACACCACCGCACGCGGGUCUGCGUGCCGCGCGUGCAGGACCGUCUUGGACGCUCCGUCCUUGACGUGGACAGCGGAUAUGCAGUCAGCUGGCGCCCGGGAUGGCCUGCGCCGACGCGCGAGGGCGUCCGGUGUCAUGGCGUCCCACGAGGAGCUGACGAUGGACUCUGGCCACGAGGCGGUCACCUUCAGCAAGGCGUCUGGCUGCUUCGUGACGCGCUGCUGCGCCCUGCUACUGCUGCUACUGUUCGCUGUUGCGCUGCUGGUCACGGGCCUGCUGGUGCACCGGUACGGCGCGCCCUGCCAGCAGACCCCGUCGGACGCCGGAUCGCAGGGGGGUCCCGCCGCGCCCCCCGACGGUGGCGGCACCGCGGCCAAAAUACGCGACGUGCGCCUGCCGCGUCACCUGGCGCCCGAGGCAUACCAAGUGCGCCUGCUGCCGUUCAUCGAGGAAGGCAACUUCACCUUCAGCGGUGAGGUCACCAUCCGCCUGCGCGCUGACCAUCCGGGCCGCAACGUCACCGUCCACGUCAACGACAUGACGGUGUUCAACGACUCUGUGACGGUGACGGACGUGGCGGAGGCGCGGGGGCUGGAAGUGGCCGGCUACCGGUACGACACCGAUAGGGAGUUCUUCGUGGUCGUGCUGGCGGAGGACGUGCAGCCCGGACGCAAGUACGACGUGUACAUCCGCUUCGUGGGAAACUUGAACGACAAGCUGGCCGGCUUCUACCGGAGCAGCUACGAGACUCCGCAGGGCGAGAAGCGAUGGAUGGCCGUGACUCAGUUCCAGCCCACUGACGCCCGGAAGGCGUUCCCGUGCCUGGACGAGCCAGCGUUAAAGGCAACCUUUGAGAUGACUCUGGGUCGCCCGAAGAGGAUGACGUCGGCGUCCAAUAUGCCCAUCAGGAUGACCGUGCAAAACGACAAGAUGCCCGGCUUCGAGUGGGAUAUCUACGAGAAGUCUGUGCCGAUGUCGACGUACCUGGUGGCCUUCCUCGUCAGCGACCUGGCUGUCAAGCAGGCGGAGCCCGGCUUGAGCGACACUCUGUUCAGAGUGUGGGCGCGGUCGGCGGCCAUCGAACAGGGCGACUACGCGCGCGCCAUCGGUCCAGCCAUCCUCGAGUACUUCGAGGACUUCUUCAAGACCGAGUUUCCGCUGCCCAAGCAGGAUAUGGCUGCGCUGCCCGACUUCGCUGCCGGCGCCAUGGAGAACUGGGGCCUCAUCACUUACAGGGAGACAGCGCUGCUGUACGACCCCAAACUGUCCUCCUGGAAGAACAAGCAGCGCGUAGCCCAGGUGGUGGCGCACGAGCUGGCCCACCAGUGGUUCGGCAAUCUGGUGACGCCCAGCUGGUGGACUGACCUCUGGCUCAACGAGGGCUUUGCCAGCUACAUGGAGUUCCUCGGGAUGCACCAGGUGGAGCCCACGUGGCGCGUCAUGGAGCAGUUCAUCACCAGUCAGGUGCAACAUGUGAUGACCAUGGACGCGCUGGAGUCGUCGCACCCCAUCUCCAUUGUGGUGCAGCACCCAGACGAAAUCGGUCAAAUCUUCGACCGCAUCUCCUACCAGAAGGGAGCGUCAAUAAUCCGCAUGAUGGACCUCACGCUCAGCACUGAUACCCUGCGCAACGGACUGGCCAACUACCUCGCAGACAGGAAGUACCAGGCGGCAGACCAGGACGACCUGUGGCACUUCCUGACGGAACAAGCGCACAGGGACGGCACGCUUCCUUCCGACACCACCGUCAAGCAGGUCAUGGACACCUGGACCCUGCAGAUGGGCUUCCCCCUGGUGGACGUGCGUCGAAACUACGAAAGGAACUCGGCUCAGCUCACGCAGAAUCGAUUCCUGUUCCAUGGGGCCAACAGCUCCGCGGAGUACCUGUGGUGGGUGCCGCUGGUGUACACCACACAAUCAGCCAAAAACUUCAACAGCACCAGGCCGUCCCAGUGGAUGAAGAAGGAACGGCAGGUGACCCUGAAUGACGUUGCCAGCGCCGAACAGUGGAUGAUCCUGAACGUCCAGGAGAUGGGCUACUUUAAAGUCAACUACGACGAACGCAACUGGCUCAUGCUGAUUAAGCAGCUUCAGGACGACCACAACGCCAUCCACGCAGUGAACAGAGCCCAGCUGAUCGACGACUCGCUGGACCUGGCGCGCGCCGGCCAGCUGAAAUACGAGACAGCACUGGCAGUCAUCAGCUACCUGGAGCGUGAGAACGACUUCCUGCCCUGGGACGCCGCCUUCGAAAACCUAGAGUUCCUCGACUCGCAGCUCGAGCGCACGCCCGGAUACGGAGCAUUCCAGCGGUUCGUGCUGAAGCUGAUCGAGCCGCUGUACGCCCGCAUCGGGUUCGACGAGGGCCCGGGCGACUCGCACCUGGACCACCUCACGCGCAGUAGCUUGCUCACCUGGGCCUGCGGCAUGGGCCACGCGGAGUGCCGGCGCAGCGCUGUCCAAAAGUUCCAACAGUGGAUGGCCAACCCUGCCGAUGCCAGCAUCGUCCCGCCCAACAUUAAGACACGAGUGUACUGCACGGCCCUGGAAGAAGGUGGCGUCGAAGAGUGGGAGUUUGCUUGGCGCCAGUACCAGAAGUCCAACGUGGCGUCGGAGCGGCAGAGGCUGCUUUUUGCGCUCGGCUGCAGUAAAAGUGUCUGGAUUCUCAACAGGUACCUGAACUAUCUGGUGACGCCGAAUUCCGACGUCCGCAUCCAGGAUGGACCUCAGGUGUUUAAUUCGGUGGCCACCGGCUCUGUGCAGGGCCGCUACCUGGCCUUUGACUUCCUCCGCAACCACUGGGACACCAUCGAUGAGAUCUAUGGUAGCGCCAUCUUCUCGCUGCCUCGAUUUAUCGCCCCGCUGAAGGAAGGUUACAACACCCGACUGGACUUAGAACAGCUUCAGGAGUUUAAGCGCAAGAAUGAGGCCAACAUGGGCGAGGCGAACCGUGCCAUGGACCAGGCCAUCGAGCAUGCCACCGCGAACGUCGCCUGGAUGGACAAGAACUACGACAGCAUCGUCCGGUGGCUGGAGCAGCAGCAGUGAACGGCAUGCUGGUCGAGGCGGUGGCAGUUACGGUCGUCAGGAAGCUGUGAAACGUAGAGUGCGGUGUUUGUACAAGAGUCAUCUCUGCACCCCGUACAUGGCUCUCAUAUUAGCGAUGUUUUUAUUACAGCAUCAAUUAUAAAUUGCUGCUCCACACCUGCGCCCAGGAAUUGGUACUUUGUGAAUGGCAAUAUUUUGCUCCAGUUUUAUCCCUGCACUUAGAAGGACUCGAGCGCGAUGUGUUCAGAGAACACUUCGAGCCGUCUCUCAGCUGCGUUGUGUAUGUUGACGAUUGUACUUUUUGUGUGUAAAGGAACUGCCAAUAAAUAAGCAGCUGUGUCUGCUAUGCUGACUU